ACAUUGCAGUGGGGCAGUACUUCCCUUACUGCCCACCUCGUCACAGCAUCUGUCUUCGCUGAGGCUGCUGUGCAGGAAAGUGGCCGUUGUCGGUAAAUUUCUCUUAUUAGGAAACCCAAAGAGAUUCACCGAGAUGUAUUCUCAGGCAACUGUCAGUGACACAGAUCCCAAUGAAAGCCCUGACACUGGCCUUCCCUGUCGGCGAAACGUGCAAAGUGGACCUUUCAGCGUUCCAGAAUACGCAAAAAGCACCAUCUGCAGCGAAGGUACUGCCAGUUCGUCCUCGACUUUUGUCAACUGGCUUUCAGCACGGAGCCCGACCAGUCGCAACAGUUUCUCGACGUCGGCUGCGGCCCAGGCGACUUCACGCGGCGAUGUACUGCUACCCCGGUGUCUUCCCUGUCGCAGAAUUGUCGGCGUCGACUGCUCCAGAGAUAUGAUUGAGCAUGCUAGACGCAACUCGGCCCACGAGCAGCUUGAAUUCGCAGUGCUCGACAUAUGCUCCGAUGUGACGGGUUUUCUAGAAGAGUUCGGCCAGUUCGAAAGAGUGUACUCUUUCUUCUGUCUCAACUGGGUGGAAGAUAUCAGCGCUGCGCUGAAGAACAUCAGCAGGCUUAUGUCGUCUUCCGGCGAAUGCCUCCUCGUCAUCUGCGCAGCUGUGCAAAUUAUUGAAGUUUGGAAUAUUCUUGCGAAAAUGGACCGCUGGGCGAAAUACUCCAAGACGCUGCUGAAGUUCAUCCCAAAACACAAGACAUGAAGGACAAAAGAGAAUUGAUGCGGUACAUUUCUGGACUCUUGCGACAGGCCGACCUCUUUCCGACGAUUAUGGAAGCACUGUCAUCCACCAUAUUUGACGGCUGGAGUGAAGAGGAGAUCAUAGCUGCGUAUCACGGUGUUUGCCCAAUUUCCCAUCUGGUCACUUGCGAGGAGAAACUUGUGUUGGAUACUUUCUUCAGAGACCAAUUCCGCAAACUGCACGCUCCUGAAGCUGGCAGGGGCCACUACAGGAUAAUCGUAGUCAAGGCAUCAAAAGCUCCUUGCUGAGGUCCACGAUGUAAGUCCGAACGAGAACACGACACCAUCAACUCUCGUAACGAAACUGGAUGUGUGACGCAACUGCACUAGCAUAGAUGACAAUGAAAGAGAAUAAAAGUUCUUGCUUUCCGAAAUAA